UUUGCCCAACAAAUCCAACAUCCUUACGUCAACUAAUAAUACAAACAGUUACAAAGUACUGCUCAAAACAGGACAACCAGCUACCAAACACUACAACACUAGUACAAAGUUUCUUCAUAAACGGUACUGACACACCCAACUCAUCAUUACUAAAAGGAUUAAUCCCAGAGAAUAUCCAGACUAUCAUGUCAAUUCACAAUAAAACAUUUAUCAAAAUCUUACACAAGAUAUCUAUUAACAUAUAUAAACAGAUAUGGCUUGAACGCUGCAAAGGUAUACACCAAAAUAGACCUCUUACUAAUAUAUUCAUUGCUAUAACCCUCACCCACCCCACUACACAGUCUAUUAGUACCACUAAAUAUAAUACC